UUAUAUUUUUAUCAAUAAUUUAUUAUCUCAAACCCAGACAAAAACCAUGGACUAGAUCCACUCUCUGGUUCGAUUUUUACAAUCUAAUCUCCCACCUUGAAUUUCGUGCAAAAUCAAAAUCCCUAAUUUCUUCCCUUUUUUUUUUUUUCUUUUUCCUUUUCGAUUUCUUCGAUUUCAUGGGCACCAUAUCUGAUCCCAUGGCUACCAAAUUUGAUUUCUUUCGUCCCAUGCUAUAAAUUUGUUUCAAUUUAUAUUAGGAUUUUGAUUUUUUUCUUUAAAAAAAUGGUGGCUAAAUCUCGGGUAUGGCAGCCAUGCAAGAAGAAGAGGUAUUUUAUCAAUAGCAAGCUUUAGGAAGUGGGGGAAAAUAGGGAAAAAAAAUUAAAUAAUAAAAAAAAGGAUUUGUAGAGACAACGAUGGCGACUCGCAGUAGCGGUUCGAGUCGGACGUGUGUGGGGAAGUAUGAGUUAGGGAGAACGUUGGGAGAAGGAACGUUCGCGAAGGUGAAAUUCGCGAGGCAUUUAGAGACGGGAGAGAAUGUAGCAAUUAAGAUUCUUGAUAAAGAGAAAGUUUUGAAACAUAAGAUGAUUGCUCAGAUUAAACGAGAAAUUUCAACAAUGAAACUCAUCAUACACCCAAAUGUCAUCCGCUUGUAUGAGGUGAUGGCUAGCAAGACGAAAAUAUACAUUGUUCUGGAACUUGUGACUGGUGGUGAACUUUUUGACAAAAUUGCAAGCAAAGGGAGGUUGAAGGAAGAUGAAGCUAGAAAGUAUUUUCAGCAGCUUAUUAAUGCUGUGGAUUACUGCCAUAGCAGGGGUGUUUACCAUCGAGACCUCAAGCCUGAGAAUUUGCUGCUAGAUGGUAAUGGAGUUCUUAAAGUUUCGGAUUUUGGUUUGAGUGCUUUACCUCAGCAAGUUCGAGAGGAUGGAUUGCUUCACACAACAUGUGGAACACCAAACUAUGUUGCUCCAGAGGUGAUCGACAAUAAAGGCUAUGAUGGAGCUAAGGCAGAUUUGUGGUCAUGUGGUGUGAUUCUCUUUGUCUUAAUGGCUGGUUACUUGCCUUUUGAGGACUCCAAUUUAGUCUCUCUGUAUAAAAAGAUAUCUAAGGCUGACUUCAGCUGUCCUCCAUGGUUCUCCUCAAAUGCCAAGAAAUUAAUUAAGAGAAUCCUAGACCCUAAUCCUUUGACAAGGAUAACCAUUGCUGAGCUUCAUCAGAAUGAGUGGUUUAAGAAAGGAUAUAUACCAACUAGGUUUGAGCAAGUUGAUGCUACUCUUGAUGAUGUGGAUGCCAUUUUUGAUGAAUCAGGGGAUUCUCGAAACCUUGUUGUCGAACGGCGAGAAGAAGGGCCUGUACUACCUGCUACCAUGAAUGCCUUUGAUCUUAUCUCAACAUCUCAGGGUCUCAACCUCAGUAGUCUGUUUGAGAAGCAAAUGGGCCUUGUUAAAAGGGAAACAAGAUUCACAUCAAAACGUCCUGCUAAUGAGAUAAUCUCGCAAAUAGAGAGAGCUGCUAUGCCCUUGGGUUUUGAUGUGAAGAAAAAUAACCACAAGAUGAAGCUUCGUGGAGAGAAAACUGGACGCAAGGGUCAUUUAGCUGUUACAACAGAGGUUUUUCAGGUGGCUCCUUCUCUUUGCAUGGUUGAACUUCGAAAAUCUGGAGGGGAUACCCUGGAAUUUCACAAGUUCUAUAAUAAUCUCUCCACUGGACUAAAAGAUAUUAUUUGGGAUACGACCUCUGAAGGAAAAUCGGGUGAAAACAGUGCUGCGGCAGGCUCCUCAUAACCGCCCCGACGACAGGUGUUUCCCAAAAUGCGCAUUGGUUGCUAUUCAAAGGGGAAUUCUUUUUAUUUAUGUAUAUUUUUAUGUUGGUUUGUUGAAUGCUUGUAAUAAAGUUGUGUAUUCAAUACAUAAACCCCAAUGUAGAUACUUACAUACAUUAAUGUUUUGAAAAUUGUAUAAUAUAAUUUGUUUUUCUUUUU